GUUCACACUUGGAGGAGAAGAGGAUUGCCUUGCUGGGGCUAGCUCCUCCUAAAAAUACAGCGAAUGAAAAACCAAAGAAUGAAAAAUCCACCUCUCGGAAAAGAAGUAAUUCAACCAAUCAAAACUCCAAUGCCGGAUCAACGAGUACAACCAAUACAAAUUCUACCACUGCUUCAUCAUCAUCAUCGAGUAGAAAAAGAAGUGGAAUGACUUCAUCAAAUAGUACAAAUUCCUUGACAAGUGCCUCUCCUCCAACAACAACAACAACAAAUACAUCACAAUCAUCAUCUUCAUCUAAUCAACCACAAACACAACCUCCGCAACCACAACAACAAACCUAUACAUCUAUCAUUCAAAAUAAUGGUGAAAGACCUUUAACUGUAGUAAUUAAAGCUCCAUCUCCUUCUCCGUCAGUAAUUGCUUCAUCAACAAUCGUUGAAUCAGCAUCAGUUGCCUCCUCUCAAAUUCUUGCACCACCAACUAUAACUAAUGUUACACCAUCUGUGAGUCCUUCAUUGUCUCUAUCUAAAAUUCUACCAACCAAUAUUAAUAUUGAUAGUGAGAGCGUUGAUAGUGCAUCCGAUGAUAGCUACUUUAUUGAAGAUGAUGAAGAUGAAUCAUGGAGUGAAGCAAGUGAUGAAGAAGAGGAAGAUGAAAAUUUCGAUGAUACUGAGGAGAUUGUGAUUGUGGAUGAUGACUUUUAUGAAAAGAACUUGGAGAAUAUUCCAACACAAGAACAAGCACAAAUUAUCCAGAAGAAUAUCAACUCGGACAAGGUGCAAUUUUUACAUACUGUGACUGUUAUCCCUGUAACAACCUCUGUUCCAAGAUUAAAGAGACAAUUAUCAUCGGGAAUGAAUAGAAAGAGAAUUACAAAAAAGUCAAUUAGUAAUCCAACCAUUCCGAUGGAACAAUUUUUCAAGAGAUUGAGAGUAGAACAAUUGAUAAAAUACAGAAGAUAUCAUAACAUUAAAACUGUGACACCAGCUAGUAGUCGGGAGGAAUUAGAAGAAGCAACAAUCAACCAUUUCAAAGAUGAACAAGAUUUCGUAUCUGAAAAAGCAAUUUUAAGCCAACUUUUCCAUAGACUUGACACAGCUAUUCCAAGUAGGCGUAAAUAAAAUUGG